AUGGCCCGUCUGCUGCUCCGCUGCUCGCCCGGCGCGCCCCCGACGCCUCCCCGCUCCUCCUGCGCCCGCUCCUGCCUUUCUGCCUGCCUGCUGUCGCCGCGCUCUUCCCCUUCGCCGGUGCCGGUGCAGCCUCCCGUGGCCAGAGGCCCGAGCGCGAUCCCCUCUCCAGGACCCCCUUCUCUCCGGCCGGGGGCGGCGAUGGCAACGAGCGCCGCGCUCUUGCAGCUGCUGGCGGCGGUGGCCCUGGCGUGGCUGGUUGCGGCGGCCCCUUCCUCGUCGCCUCCGCCGCCGCCGCCGCCGCCGCCUUCCGAGGACGCCGAUCCCUUCGCUGCUCAGCUGGGCGACAUCUCGGCUUGCCAAGCGCGCUGCGCCCAGAGCCUCCGGCAGAGCCCCGAAGCAGCAGUCCCGGCCGCCGCCAAGGAUGCUAUUCUCAACGCCUGUUACCGCGGCUGCCGGCUGUUUUCCAUCUGUCAUUUUGUGGAUGCCACUGCUGAGCUGAAUGCAACCAGAGCCGAGUGCGAAUCGGCCUGCAUGGAAGCCUAUAUCGGUGCGGAAGAGCAGUUUGGCUGUACGACCGGAUGCAAGACGCAGCUGCCAGAAAUGGAAAACAGAGGAGAAAACAUGAUCCAAGAUGAGAAACCAGCCUCCUUCUCCGUCUUUGACCUCGUCUCCAGUUUCUGCAACGAUAUUGUCAGCUCUGCUCAGAGUUUUAUUUCUUCCACAUGGACCUUCUAUCUGCAGGCAGAUGAUGGGAAAGUAGUUGUGUUUCAGUCACAACCAGAAGUUGAGUAUCCAAUCCCUGAGGCCCAGGCACCCAAAUCAGAGGUUUCGGAGAAGACCUGGACAGUCUCGGCCCCCAACACCUUGAAGCCACACACAGGCCUUCAGGAGAAAUUGGAGAAGCCUCCCAUCGAAGAGCCCAAGAGUCCAGCCCCAGCUCAGCCCGUGGGGGAGUCUCAGAUGCCUCUGGAACACGAUUUCCUGGGUUGCAUGUCCAAGCGUUCGGGGCUGCCCCGCUGGAUUCUGGCUGCUUGUCUCUUCCUUUCCAUCAUGGUGAUGCUCUGGCUGAGUUGCGCCAGUUUGGUGACUGCGCCGGAUCAGCACGUCAAGACUCAGCCCCUGAGCAUCAAUGGAGACAAAGAGUACCUGGAAGACCUAGAUGGACCUGUCCCUUAUUCCUUACGCCCUGUCAUUGCCGUGGCCAUCUGCCCCACGGAGGACAACAAGGAAGCAGGCCUACUGCCGGUCAAGGUGGAUUUAGACAAGACUGUCCUCUAAGAGCUUUCCCCUGCCUCCCAGCCCUCUUAAUGCCCCAUCCGCCUCUCCCCCUCCUUCUGAGUUCCUCUCAACAACCACAACAACGUUCCCAUGAUGCUUCCCAGCCCCUCCCAUAGCACAUUUUGUCACCGCUCUUUCAUCCAGGAAGGUCUUAAGAAACCCAGCAUUUUUCCGCAAGGCUCUGCUGGAAUACCCAAGUUCAUGUCUUUUCCCCCAGCAGCAACAUUUUGGUUGCUGAGAAUGAGUGAGCUAGUGAGACCCUGGCUCUCAAAGGCUGCCAUUGCGACUUUUGAAAUGAACGAGCCCUGGUCGUUCCCAACAUAAGAUCCUGAGAUUGGCCAGGGGAAUUUUGGGGGGAUUUUUGCUUCAUUUUGCUGAACGGAGCUGGGUGAUUCCCUCUGCCUCAACACCAUUUGGGGAGCUGCUGCUUAUCCUGGUUUUCUUUUGUGUAAAAGAAUUGGAGGGGGGGGAUUAAUGGGGCGAUGCCUGCUUUUUAUUUGAGCCUUGGUGGGACAACUCCGUGCAGAAAAAGUCAAGGGUUGCCGAUCAUGGUAUGUUUUGCUGUUAAUUCUGUGCCCUGAUUUGCCUGACAGACUAGGAUAGGGUUCCCCUGGGACCCAUGAUGGGGAAUCUAUGGCACGCGUGCCACAGGUGGCACACGUAGCCAUAUCAAUGGGCACGCGAACUCAGCUCCGCCAACUGAUUUUCGGGCCUUCUGGGCCCACCAGAAGUAGGGAAACAGGUUGUUUCCUGCCUCCGGAGGGCCUGGGGGGUGGAGAAGGCCAGUUUUUCUCUCUCACCUGGCUCCAGAGCCUCUCUAGGAGUUUCUGGAGGCUGGGGACAGCAAAAAAAUCACUUCCUGUCUAACUGGAAGUUGGCAAACGGGCCAUUUUUGGCCUCUGGAGGGCCUCAGGGGAUGGGGAAGGCCGUUUUCGCCCUCCCCAGACUCACAGAGAGGCUCUGGAGCCAGGUGAGAUAGAAAAAUGGGCCUGCAGAGCCAUUGCGUGCCAGGACCGGGGACGGUCACGUGCGCCUGUGCAGGGCAUGUAGAAUUAUGGGUGUGGGCACGUGUGCGCACGACCCCCCCGCCUCCUGGCAUGCAAUGGCUAAAAGGUUAGCCAUCACUGCCCUGGACCAUAAUUUCCUGAGAAGCCACAACUGGCCAGGAUUGUACACACUGCAUGAAAUCAUGGUCUGCAUAUUUGAGAGGUUGCAUUGAGUUUAACAUUUACAUAAUAAAUUUACAUGGCCGCCCAUUUCACUUGAAUAUGACUCUUGAGCAGCCUACGGCCAACACUUAAUAUCAUAGCUGUUUUAAAAACAAUUGAGCAUUCAAAUGAAAGUAGGAUUGCAAGAGAGAACAUCUAUCUAAACACAAUAUAGCCGUCCUGUGGGCUUCCCGAUGGGAUCCCCAAGCCGGUUAGAAAAUCCACAUUUUCAGGGCUUUCUGAUAGACUAACAGGAAUGGGGCUAUAUCAACAGCUUGGUGGGGAUGCUGCUUCAGAGUGCAGGAGCCACAGCAGGAAAGGCACGGCUUUCUAAGCCACAGAGAAACAAACCACUUUACGGUUUAGAUUGCAGUGUGAUUCCGCCUAUACUUCUUUCUUUUCCACUCCACACCAAAAGAUAUUUCGGCAAACAAGAUACAAAGGGAAGACAGAUUCCUCUGGAUCAAUGUUUCUCAACCUCAGCAACUUUAAGCUCUGUGGACUUCAACUCCCAGAGUUCCCCAGCCUCUUUCUGAAGUCCUCUUUUGGGACUAUGGCUGCCAGCAAAAACUGAACAGAAUGGGACCAUAUGGGAUAUAGGGGAAAAAGAGAGAGGGUUGAGUUUGAAAUUGGGUUGGACCAGGAUAGGAGCUAUAGGAGCUAUAGAAAACUACUUUCCCCCUCAUUUCACCUAACAGAGAGACAGUUAGGCAUCGGCUCGGGAUGCUGCCAUGUUCUCAAUUCUAAGAUACUUCCCUUCUGAUCACAUGACCCAGAAUGGAGCUGCCACCUCUAUCAUUUUAAGCCUCCUUGGUCACAUGAUCCAGAAUGAAGCUGUUAGGUCCGCCAUUCUACGCUCUCUCACUCCUGGUCAUGUGACCCAGAAUGGAGCUGUCCUUCAUUUUAAGUCGCCUUCCUCUGGGUCACAUAAUCCAGACUGGAAUCUUAGGUCCUCCAUUCUAAGCCCCCUCCCUCCAUUUUGAGCCUCUUGGUCACAGGACUCCGAAAGGAGCUGCCACUUCUUCCAUUCCAAAUUCGUCUCUCUCGAUCACCUGACCCAGAGAAUGGGUUUAUCUGACUUACCCUGUGUUUCCGAGUUCACUCAGAGACAAUUAGGUCAGCGGUGAAAUCCACUUAUCUUCGCUACCGGUUCUGGAAUGGGAGCGCGCAUGUGCCACUUCUGCACAUGCGCAGAGCCAUCUGAGCAUGCGCAGAGGGUCAAAAAUGGGAUGUAAUGACGUCCCGGUGGGUGGACGGAGCCUACCGCCACCGGCGUUACAAGUUCGUGCAAGCCGGAUAGAUCUGGCCGGAUUUCACAGCUGAAUUAGGUGCAAUGUGAACGAACAGCAGAAACAACACAAUGCGUUAUUUCAAUACCCACAAGAAACUAGGCACUCGUGGCUACUGCUUGGAAAGAAUUUCAGAAGCUGUUCUCUGUUGGCUCGCCUUGUUUUCUUUUUCUCUCGUGUGACAGGAGGCCUCCUCUUUUGGCUCUGUGAAUUUGGGGUCUGUGGCAAAAUCUGUCGUGUCCCACUCCUCCGCUGACGGCCGGGUCAGGGAAAUCCGAAUCAGGCUUGCCUCUGCAGCUCUGCCCAAAGUCCUAGCAAAGUCCUCAGAGCAGGCAGGAGACCAGUAAGUGACUUCAGCAAGAUAAGUUCGACUUUGCCUGACUCAGAGACUGCCAGAAAGCAGAUCCUUUAUAUAGGCCAUGGGGUGUGGCUCCAUGACUCAGCACUCAUUAAGGCCUGCCCCUCCCUUCCUUCUGUUGCCUCCGUCUAUCCAAUCUUCUGAUGCGAGGGUCACUCCAAUCAGCUGUUGUUGGAAGUAAACUUUCCUCAGGCUCACAUGCUGUGGAGGAGGGGGAGGGGUCUAGCUGCUCCGUUUGCCUGGGCAUGGAGCCAGGGCUGGGGCCGGGGGAUGCUCCCUCCUCUGCAGCCUGCUUGGGCAUGGAGCCAGGGCUGGGACCGGGAGGUGUCCCCUCCUCUGCAGCUUGUCUGGGCAUGGAGCCAGAACUGGGGCCGGGAGGCAUACAUUCCACCGUGUUCGGGAGCAGAUAAGCAGACCCCGGCUGCGGUGAGAGCGGACAAGACACAACAAAAUCAGAUCACAAGCUAGAACUGGCCUAGAGCAAGUGUUCCUGAACUGAGGGUGCUGAUGUUGAUCCCCCUGUAGGCCUGCAGCAAGGAUCUGGUCCCUGGGGCUGGGUAUUCCUUUAUUGGCACUGCAGUGCCAGUGUUUCUGCCCCUUUAGGUCAGAUAAAGAACUGUCAGCUUCCUUCACACAACACGAUUAGCUUGAUUACAGUAGUAUUAGCCUUGGUUCAGUUCUCUGUGAUUUAGUGGGGGGGGAGGUUUUUUCUCAAUCCCCCUUCAUUAUUUUUAUAAUAUAACUCAAGGUGGCGAAUCCUCCCUCCCUCCCAUUUUUCCACAACAACAACCCUGUGAAGUGGGUUGGGCUGAGAAAGGGUGCCUGUUGUGGCUCCAGCCCCACCUCCCCUGGGCCUGGCGCCCUGCCAGAAAGUGACUCAGAAAGUGAGGGGGAAGGGCUGUCAGGGCUCCUCUCUGCAGGGCCGGCCUCUCUGGCUCAGCUCCAGGAGCCAGAGGCAGGCCAGGUGGAGGAGGUGACGAGGCCUCUGUCUCCUGUAUCUCCCCCUGCCAAGGCAACGCUUCCAGACCCAGCUGUGGACAAUCAGUCCUGGUUAGAUCCCUGGUUUCGUAGAUAAGAGAUGCGGGAACAACAGAAGAAGGGGUGGAGCAGGCCUAGAAAGUGCUGAGUCACGGAGCCACACCCCACAGGGUAUAAAAGCAGGAGGGGCUGCUGUACUACUUCGUGACGGACAAAGCAAAGUGACUGGAGAAAACUUGAGCUGAACUAUUUGACUGUGCAUUUGGCCUGGAUUGCUGUUUGUUCCUGACUUCCUGGUUGCUCCGGUAACAUCAGGGAAGAUAAAGAAAACCUUGGCAGACAUUCGCUGGUCUGCUGCCAGAGCUGAUAGCUGCUGUGGACUAAAUUGGUGGCUAAUUGAGUCAGUUCACAUGUCUCUCGGACUGAGGUGAGGGGGGACAGAACAGUGCCUGGGCCAAAGCCACCCAGCCAGUUUUCAUACUUAAGAGGGGGUGGUGGUAGCUAGAAUUCACAAUCUCUUGGUCAUUGGCCCAAAAUUACCCAGCGGGCUUUCAUGCCUAAAAUGGGUCUAGAACUCACAGUCUCCUGGUUUCUAGCCUGGUGUCUUCACCACUAGAUCAAACCAGCUCUCUUGUUGGUUUUAUUCUGCAAAUCCAGAACAAUGGCCGAACACGGUAAUCAUGUUAGGUAUGCUAAGGAGAGGCAGCCUGUGUGCACUGUAUUUAAACUGAGGCUCAAAGUCUGAGGUUCACCCUCAAAGCUGCAUUGUCUUUUUCAACUUAAAAUCCCCACAUCAUUGGGAAACACUGAGCUAAGAAAACAAAUUAAGAGCAAAGGGGUGCAAGGGCUUCCUUCCUCAGGGCCAAUGAAGCAAAGUGAAGUUUGCUCCAAAAUAAUUCUCAACCUAUCGUCUGCCCUGAUUUUACUCAGAAACUCCUCUGAGUCUUAACAGGGAUACGUUGUUGUAAUGUAGUUGUCGCUGUUGUUAGUUCUAUUAAUUAUUAUUAUUAUUAUUCUGCCCUUGAUGAAUGCAGGGCACUUUUGUGAACCCAGGAUGUGUUUGUGAGCGAUGCCCAUCCUUCCACUUUCUCCCUUCUGGAACCUCACCGUGUACAGUAGUAUCACAAGUGCAAAAAAGUUUCUUCCCUCACAGACUGGUGUAAUUUCUUCCGCUUGCUUGUACAUUCGGCCUAAGGAUGCUCUGUACAUAGAUUUAACUUAUCCCUUCACCCCAUUUUUGGCUCUCUAAAACUCCUUUCCGCACGUAUCAGGGUGCGUGUCUGCGUGUGCAUAUGUGGAAAAAAAAAAAAGGUGGUGUCUGUGCUCACACAAACAAAGCUUCACAAACACACACACACACAUACACACACACAAAGGGUGGAUCUUUGAUCAUGAUGUUGUGGUCGCCAUCUUGACCUCUUUUAAGCCACUUCUGCAAAGACGUUUGCUGCGUAUUCUGAGUUGAAAAUACCGCUUGAAAAUAUAUGGGGCAAGAUACAUCCCCAAUCUGGUGCCCUCUAGAUAUAUUGGGGCUGUAAAUCCCAAACUGGAAAGUCAACCACAUAACUGGAAGGCACCAGGUUGAAGAAAUCUUGAGAGAAGCCAAUCUGGAGCCUUUAGUAUAGCUAAAAGGAGCUUGCUUUUGCAUUCAGUAACUUUUCAGAUUUUUGAAACUCUUAACUCUUAAAUAUAUUCUGGCAUUCUUCAUAUGGGAAGAGUAUUAGGGAGGUUUAUAUAUAUUUUAUAGCUCUCUGAAGUUCAUUCACCUUUCAUCAAAAUGUCUGCAUCUAAUUAUUUGCGUGAAAAAAAAAUAAGCUAACUUCAUGGUAUCUUUGUUCUGCCUGGCUUGUUUUAAUUCCCUUAAAAUUGUCUUUCCUUCCUAGGCUCUACUUUUUCUUUUCUCUUUGGGGGGGAAGAGUUACAAAGGCAUAAGGCCUUGGUUGAACUGAGGUGAGAUUUGUUGAAGACCUGUUAACUGCUAACUAUAUCUGUAUCUUUAAUAACCCCUUCUUGUCUGUCCCGGAAAUCCGGAAAAGUUGUUUAUUUAGUUUAUUAAUUUAAAUUUUAAAGAAAAGAAACAAUAAAAUCAAAGCUGUGAAAAGGAACUGGCAUUUUUUACUAUUUUCUUUUUUUUUUUAGUUUGAAAGUUUUUUUCUUUCUUUCUAAAACUUUCCAUCAACAAUCCAUGCUUGUGUGCUCGUUGCAAAAAAGAAAUUGGGAGAUUCAGGCCUGAAUAACUUUACAUUUAUUACAGAUACACCUUUACAGAAAUGUUUCGGGACUUAAUUCGCCUGAUUAAAAAAAAAAAAUCUAAUUUACAAGAUUGUGUGAGGUCUUUUGUAGCUGAUGCAUUCUGCACAUCUUUGCAUAAGUUUACACGUGUUUUCACACAAACAAAAUGAAAUGGAAGAACAAGAUAUG